CUGGAAUAUGGACAAAAUCAUGUUGCAUAUCAAAAAGAUUAGAUGGAAAGUUGGCUAUUGUCACUGGAUCUAGUGCAGGAAUUGGUUUGAUUACAGCUGGUGAAUUAGCCCGUCGUGGUGCUAAGGUAAUCAUGGCAUGCAGGAAUUUAUCGAAAGCUGAAGGCGUGAGAAAACAACUGUUGGAGAAAUAUGGUGUUAACAAUCCAGACAGCGUGAAUAUUGAUAUAGCGUGUAAAGAUGUGACUCAGUCAUUGAGUCCAAUUAAAAAUGAUCAA